CCUACGUAGGGAACAGGUUCUUUCUACUUGGGAGCCCUAACACCACUCUACUACGAGGGCAGCUCGCCAGACCCAACCGAGGACGCGUUCUGCAGUGGGCGGCUGCCGCCUCCGCACUGGCCCGGCAGCGCCCCCUUCUGUCCUCUGGCGGCCUGGCACCUGAUGUGUCACAGGCCGCGCGCUUUUUCCGGGGACUAGAACACAGUCCCGCUUACGGGGCCUCAGCCUAAAGCGGGUGGAAAACUUGUAUCACCCCCCUACACACACACACACACACACACACUCACACACACACACAGAGCACCCUGAACACACACACACACACACACACAGAGCACCCUGAUCCAGGCCCGUUUCUGGACCUGGAGACACGCACUUCUUCCCCAGUAGCCCAGUCCUACCACCAGGCGCGACCGUCCCCUCCCUCUCCAGACGGAAGGGGGCAGGUUAACGCAGCCGCGCGCCCGCCGGGCAGGUUAGGUUCUCGGGGGCCUAGGAGGGAAAGGGGUUAACUAAUGUGUGCGAUGCGUGUGCAGAUGACAAAAUUUAGGGAACGUAGAGUUUGCCCGACCCCACCGCGUCCGCUCGCGGGGACCCUCGGGGGCCGGCCGGGGCAGCACGGUGUAGCCCCUCCUCCGGCCGGGCGCGAGCGUCUGCAGAACAAAGCCUGGAGUCCAGCCCCGGCCCCGGCGCGGCCGACCCUCAACCAACCCCCAGGCGGCAAGGCCCUCUCCACGCGCGCUCUCCAGCCUGGCGGGGCCCUGGAAGCCGGGACACGCGGAGGCCCGGAGGGUCAUCGGCGUUUAAGGCAGCCUCCCAUACCAAGUGCACCGCCCGGAGCCCCUCUGCACGAGCGCUUUCUGCUUAUUGCUCUUUUCCCCAGCAGCCAGAGUCGUCACGGUAGCGCGGGAAGGGGCCUCGCGGGCCGUCUGCAGCAGGUGCGGCCGGGAGCCGCAGGCCCGCGCGGUAAAUCGCUGUCUCUUUGCGGUCGUUGUUCCCGUUCACCGCCCGCCGCCCCCCCUCCACCAGGGUUCUUUUUUUCCUUUGCGCCGCGCAGUUGCCAUGGGUUACCAGGGCGGUUGCCAUGGGUUACCGGACCGAGGCCGGCUGGCUCGCUACCUGCAGCCCAGUCGCCGCCGCCGGCGGAGCGGUCCGGGCGGGACGCGGCGGGAGCGCGCGUGUGCUGGACGCAGCGCGGGGGAUGCGCGCGGGCCGCGGAGGCGCCGCAGCCAACAGGCGGCCGAGGGUGCAGCCGCGGGAGCGCCACCGCCAGUGGGGUGGGGGGCAAAGCUAUAAAGAAGGCCCAGAGGUAA